AUGCAUGAGGUACUUGGCCACCGCAACGACAACGACGUGCAGCAGUACUGCAAGCUGAUGGGCAUCGACGAUCGCAACGCCAUCAGCAGCAAGCAGUGUACAACGUGCGCAGUGACCAAGAGCACUCGUCACAGCGUCAGCAAGCACGCGGAGCGCACACAGGUGCCCGGCGAGCGCAUCCACGCCGACAUCGUCGACUGGACCGCGGACUCACCCACGGGCAAGCGCUACAGCCUCGUCAUCGUCGAUGAGGGCAGCAAGCUCCUGCAUGCAGUCCAUCUCAAUGCCAAGAAGGACGCAGUUGCCGCGUUCCAGUCUUUCCUGCGCGAGACCAAGCUCCCCAUCUCACCCACAACAACAGCACUCCAGACGGAUUCCGAUGCCAUCUUCCUCGGAGCUGACUUCCAGGCCAUCGUCAAGAAGCACCUGAAGCAGCACCAGCAGUCCCCGCCGUACACCCAGGCGCAGAAUGGCAUCGUCGAGCGACAGGUGCGCACCCUCUCCGACAUGGUGCGAGCCAUGAUCACGGGUGCAGGCCUCGACGCAUCGUACUGGAGCCUCGCCUGCAACCACGCCCUCCACAUCCUCAACAACAUGCCUCGCCCUUCCCUCCACGGCAAGACACCGCUGCAGAUUGUCACGGGCUCGCUGCCCAAGCACGUGCCGCAGCUGCACGUCUUCGGGCAGCCGGCCGUCGUCCACAUCAGCACACAGCGCGGACGCCUGCAGCCCAAGGGCCGCCGAGGCAUCUACGUCGGCCACAACAGCAGCAGCAACAGCCACCUCGUCUACUUCGCAGACACAAACACCGUUGUGUCCUCCAUCCACGUCCGCUUCCUUCCCUUCUCCAAGGCCGAUGAUGUCGUGGAUGAGGCGGAGGAGCAAGUGCAGACAUCCACGACAUCGUCCAUGCUCCAGCUUCCCAGUGCACGUGACAGCAGCAACAGCACCACUGACGGCGCGUUCACAGCAAGCAGCAGUGACGACACCAGCCUCACGGAGCCUGCAAGCAUCAAGCAGGCACUCAAGAGCCAGCAACGCAAGCAGUGGACUCAGGCAUGCUUGGAGGAGAUCGGGGCCAUGGAGCGCAACGGCGUCAUCAAGCUCAUCCCACGCAGCGUCGUGCCACGGCAGCACACGCCUCUCAAGUCACGCUUGGUCUUCAAGGUGAAGCGUGAUGCUGAGGGCGCGCCGACGCGCUUCAAGGCACGCUGGGUCGCCAAGGGCUUCAGCCAACGACCAGGCAUCGACUUCGACCAGACCUACGCCCCAACACCAGCAGCCAAGACCAUCCUCACUGUGCUCGCCGUCUCCCUGCAACGACAGCACCAGCUGCACCAGCUCGACUUCAAGUCGGCUUACCUGCAGGCUGAUCUCAAGGAGGAGCUGUACAUGGAGCUGCCGCCGCACUUCACCGACAUCGGCGACGGCGCUCAACGCUACGCGGGCAAGGUGUGCCGGCUGCUCAAGCCGCUCUACGGCCUCAAGCAAGCUGGCCGUGCAUGGGCCAAGAAGCUGCACACCUUCCUCAAGACCAACGGAUGGGCGCAAAGCAACGUCGACGCUUGCCUCUUCACCAAGCUCCACGACGACGGACAGCGCACAUGGAUCAUCACGUACGUCGACGACCUCAUCAUCAGCGGCAGCAGCGAGCGCCACAUCCGUGCCUGCAAGCAGCAGAUCAAGGAGAGCUUCGAGGCAGAGGACCUGGGCCCGCUCACCUGUCGCACUGGCACGCGCAAGCACCAGCUGGACCUGGUGUGCUACAGCGAUGCCAGCUUCGGCACGGACCAGCUGACGGGCCGCUCCACGACGGGCUUCACCUGCUACAUCAACGGCUGUCUUGUGUCUUGGAGCAGCCGGCUGCAACCCACGGUUGCGCUGAGCACCGCCGAGGCCGAGUACAUGGCCAUCUCCGCUGCAGCGCAGGAUGUCGUCUUCCUGCGGCAGCUGCUCAUGGACCUCGACGAGCCCGAGGCUGGAGCCACCAAGAUGCUGACAGAUAACCAGGCGGCCAUCGCCAUCGGCAACGACCACGUCACCAAGCCGCGCACGAAGCACAUCCGGGUACGCCACCACUUCGUGCGGGAGCUCAUCGCCGACGGAACCAUUGUGCUGCAGCACUGUCCCGGCACGCAGAUGGUUGCCGACGCGCUGACAAAGGCACUAGACAAGCAGACCUUCGAGCAGCACCUGCCACGACUGGUGGGAACUUCGACGGCUGAGGCGGAGCAGAGGAAGGCAGUUGAGGGGGAGUGUUGA